AGCAAGUAGUGUUUCUCUUCCGCUUUCCUAUUCUUACAAAACUUCUUGCAAAAUAAGGAAUGCCACAUCCAGAAAAAACUACCAUGGCGUUCACCCACCUCCUCUUGUCGAUCCUCGUGAUCGGCUCGGCAGGGGUACGACAGACACCCAUCGCUUCCGCACCAUCCGGCGUCACCCAAGUGCCCUUGGUGGCAGACAAGGUUAUGUUCAUGGUUAACGAGAAUUAACAUGAUAGGACCUCUUAAUCUUUUCCGUCUAUUUUUGUAUCACCGUCAUCCCUCCCCAUUGGCCCCAGGCCCUUUCAUAACUCCGAAUGAGCAUCACGACCAUGCUUCUCCCAGUGCCUCCACGACUACAUCCGAGGACCACAAGGAUGCCGCAAGUGGAGUGCUGAACCCAAGUGUUCUGCCUGAAGAAUACAUUCCGCUGAGUCCUGAUGCGGCUGCCGCUGUGCUGGAUGGCGACCGACAGCCGGCUUCAGUCUUUCCGCAUCGUGGCUACACACCCAUGAAGGCAAAUGAGACGUUUUUUCUGGUGUUUUUCGGAAUUGCAAUGACGGCAUUGCUGCUCUUCACAGCUCAAGGUGUGGCGAAUGGCGUUGCGGUCGUCCUGCAGUCUAAUGAAGGGGCGACUGGCUAUGUGAAGUAUUGAGCACUACCACGACUAUUUGAUAAGAAGUAAUUUUUUCCAACAAACCACGGCACGAAACGAAACGACAAAUAAUUUACUUAAUACGUAAAACGAGAUGUCCAUCAACGAAUUUCAAUUUUUCUUUUCAAAUUUCGAUUUCUUUCCUUGUACAGAGCUUUAGGAGCAAGACAAGUUUCUGCAACUGCAAGUGUCAUAUCAAUGUGUUGUGUUGUGGGAGUAUUCAUAGAACUGGGAUAGAAACAGGACUUUACAACAAGAAGAAGCUUAACUUUCUCUCUCUUUUCAUCAAGAGGGAAAUGGACAUUUCCGUUACAGUUAUGAGUUCUUAGAAGUAGAGGUGAUCUUGUAUAAGAAGGAAUAGGAA